UGAAAAUUGCUCCCAAAAAUUGACCAGCCGAGCCGCACACCUCACACAUCCUAACGAGAGUAAUUACACAGGCAAGCGGAGAGUUAGACAGAGACCCAAAGAAGACUCCAAACAGGAGAAGAGAGAGGGGCUCUGGAGAGACUCACAGGACAGACACACACCACACAGCUCACUUAUAAACAGAAAGAGUGGGAUUAUGCCACACUAAGUUUAAUUAAGGAUACGUCUUCAUUUAUACAACAAUCUACUUGGGGGGGAAACUUUCAAAAGCUUUGCAAGAAAAAAAAGGGAAAAAAAACAUCAGCUACUUCCUUUAUUGGUGUUAAAGAUGUCAUGUUUCAUGUCACUAUGUUUGUCCAUUUGGGUAGUGCUCGUGAUGCCUGGCAGGACAAGUGCACUGACUGACAGCAUCGACGUGAUGGUCAUGUUGCCUCACAACAACACAUACAUGUUCUCCUACCAGAGAGUUUCUCCGGCUAUCGAGUACGCGAUACAAACCCUCGGCAGAACAGAGCCGUUUGCAGGAUUGACAUUCAAUGUACAGUAUGAGAACUCCGCGUGCGGGAUGGACGCUCUGUACGCGCUCGUGGACAAGCAGAAAGACGAGCGUCCCGACCUGGUCCUCGGUCCGGUGUGCGAGUACAGCGCCGCGUCCGUGGUCAGAGUGGCAUCGCACUGGAACAUCCCCGUGAUCUCAGCAGGUGCUCUGGCCACCGGCUUCAACUCGAAAACCACCGACUACUCGCACCUCACAAGAAUCGCUCCAACUUACCUGAAGAUGGCUGAGACGUUUCAGGCGAUGUUCGGACGUUUCGGCUGGAGAACUGCAUCUCUGAUUUACGACGAUGAUAAAGACGAGAGAAACUGUUACUUUACGAUAGAGGGGGUUUUCACGGUGCUGUCAGAGUACCACCACAUCGCCACAGAUUUCGCCGUGUUAAACUCGAACGAGGAGAGAGUAGACGCCGACGGGAUCAUCACGUCCGUCUAUGGGAGCGAAGUGGUGAUCAUGUGUGCCAAGGCGGACACUGUAAGAGACCUAAUGCUGGCAGCCCAUCGACGAAAAUUAACCAGCGACAGCCACAUUUUCUUCAACAUUGAACUUUUCAACUCCUCUUCCUACGGGGAUGGAUCCUGGAGGAGAGGAGACAAAUAUGACAAUGAGGCCAAGGCUGCCUACAGCUUUCUCAACACUGUAACGUUGCUUAGGUCCACAAAGGCAAAGUUUGAAGAUUUCUCCAUGGAAAUGAAAAAGUCACUACAGCAGUCAGACAUCCCUGUCUGCGAAGGCUGCAGUGCUGUCAAUAUGUUUAUGGAGGGGUUCCAUGAUGCUUUGAUUCUAUAUGCAUUUGCCUUGCAUGAAGUGAAGAGCAAUGGUCUGACGAAAAAGGAUGGACUGGAAAUAACGCACAGCAUGUGGAACAGAACAUUUGAAGGCAUUGCUGGCCAGGUGUCUCUAGAUGCCAAUGGUGACCGGAAUGGGGAUUUCUCUGUCGUUAGGAUGACAGACCCAGAGGCAGGAACGCACGAGACUGUCAUGAGCUACUUUGGCACCAAUGGAAGUUUCCAGAUCAUGCCAGGCUUUAAGAGGGAAUGGUUCUCCUUACGAACAGCACCAGAGCCUCAACACCCAAAACACAGUGACCCAUCAUCAGGUGGACUAGGUGUAUCGGCAGUGACUGGGAUAAUAGUAGGGGGAAUUCUGGGAACGGCUCUCCUUAUGGCAUUCUACUUUUUUAGGAAAAAUUACAGGAUAACCAUUGAACGGAGAACCCCUCGAGAAGAGUGUGACAUCGGGAAGCACCGUCAGUUGCGGGAAGACUCUAUCAGAUCCAACUUCUCAGCAGCGUAGUCUGCAGUCACAGGUCACAGGGGUUCGAAUUGGGGGAAGGUGCAUCUCAAAUGGGUCUGGGAGCUCAUCAGACACCAUCCCAGGAACCCUGAAAUAUUUAUAGACAUGCUGUAGUGUUUUCUUCCUUGUAAAUGUCUCUUUCUCUUCAAUUCGUAAACUCAGGAAAGUUGAACUAUUGGAGAAGUGCUUGCAAGGCUUCUUGACUCUCUGUAAAGAAAAAGGCUCUUUUUUUUAUUUAGCUACAGAAUUUUUUCCCCUGCCAAACUCAUCUUGAGGAAAACUCUGUAGAAGCCUGUCAGUUUUGUUGAAAAUGGUCCGCUGACUUGAGUCCGGACAGCUGCUGGGUCGAUGGGGAGAAGUGGUUAUGAGAUAUUGAGGACAGUAAGAGUGAUACUCAGAACCUGUGCUUACUUUAAAUGCAACACUCUCACUCAUGUUAGCUUCCUCAUCUUCCUGGAGAGAGUGUCCAGUAGAACACACUGAUACACAUCUGUUCUUUCUUCUUUGUAGACUUUGUCAGGUGGCACUGGUGAAUGCAAAAUAAUGUUCCUCUCUGUCUACGACAUAUCGGCAAGCCUUGAUGUAUCAAAUUUGGCUGCAUGCUGAAACACUGACAUUUUUUUAUUUAUUAUUAUACACUCUGAUCCAUUGACUUCAUUAAUAGGUUUUAGUCCCACUAAUUAUAAAAAUCCAAAAUAAUUUCAGCUCUUUUGAUUUACACUGCCAUGUACAGUUUUGAACGCGCUGCUGGGUGCCUCAUGACCAAAUGUUGUCCGACUGGUGUUCACAGCUAUGGCUUCAAGAUUCAAUUGAUAAAACCCACUUUUAAAAGCGUCCAUUCUUGUCAUGAUGCUUGAAAAAGAUUUUUAAACUUAUGUUUAAAUAGCAGGAAAUGGGCCUCCACUAGCAUUACCUUUUGAUGUCCGUCUUCUUGUACAGCCCGCUCUUUAUUGUUAAACUUGAUGCUUUUUGAAUGCUUAAUAGAAAUUUAAAGAAAAGAUGAUUCUGCUCAAAUCAUGCCUGAUUCUUCAUCGCUCAUCUUGCACUUUGUUGCAUCUGUGAAGGUAAACUGCAGAGGAAAGCAAUUUCUUUUGAUUUAAGAAGAUUGGAGGUUGUCAGGAAGUUAUGUAAUAGCUGUUGAGAUAAGUCACAAAAUGAUUUUAUACACAACAGAAGCCAGUCUGCUUAUCAGCAAAAGCUAUGUUCAAUUUAUAUUGCACAUGUACAUUUUUGAACUUUGUCUUUUUUCAGGAGGUGGUUAUCAAUAAUCUAUCAGUUUAAUAGCAUAGAAAGUAUAUUUUUAACAUUUGUGAUGAUUCAGUAAUGAUGAUGAGAUGUAAAUGUGAGAUGUCACAUUUAAAACCAUCUCUACGGUUUGUGCGUCCAAAAAAAAAAAAACAACAAACAAAAAAAUUCUAGGGUUUUAUUCAGGCUUGGUAUGAUGGCAAUUGUAUACUGAUGUAAGUAAAUGUAUCAACAUAAGAUGUGAUGUUAUUUAUUGAUAUUUUUGUAGAGGUUUCAUUUUUCUUAGUGUUGAUUUUAACAUUGUUUCUUGUGUGAAAUAUACAGAAUUCUUUUUGUAACAGUAUAUCUGCCUUGUCAGAGCAAAUUUUACCUGAUAAGUAUAUUUACAAGGCUUUGUAAACUCUCGGAAGAAGUGUAACUUAUUUAGAUUGUUACAUAUUGACUAAUUAAAAAGAACAUUU